CCUAAAAUUAAUCUAAUUUUGUAUAGGAAAACAAACAUGCUCUUAGAGUUGAUAUUUUCAAAUUUAUACCUUCUUCAUUUUUUCUCAGUACAGAUUCCCGCCUGUGUACAUACGCGUAUAUGCUCUCUGAUCCAAUUUGAAGUUAUUGUGGAGGAAAAUGGUGGUCUAUGGACCGUUAACGCCUGGCCAGGUGUCCUUUUUCCUUGGAGUUAUACCAGUAUUUGCUGCUUGGCUUUUUGCGGAAUAUUUAGAGCACCGAAAAAAUUGCUCGUCUCAUAAGCUAGGAAGGAACUCUGAUAUUAAUUUGGUUGAGUUGGGUGAAGUAGUCCAAGAAGAUGAUAAAGCGGUUCUGUUGGAAGGAGGUGGCCUUCAGUCGGUACCCCCUAAAGGGCGGAGUUCGUCUGUAAUGUCCCAUGUUGUCAGGUUGCUUAUAUUGGAUGAGUCAUUCUUGCUCGAAAAUCGAUUGACUUUGAGAGCCAUAUCAGAGUUUGGUGCCCUUUUAAUCUACUUUUACCUAUGUGACCGUACAAACCUUCUCGGAGAAUCAAAAAAGAGUUAUAAUCGGGAUCUUUUCUUGUUCCUCUACUUCCUUCUCAUCAUCAUAUCAGCAAUUACCUCGUUCAAGAUCCACAAUGACAAGUCACCAUUCUCUGGGAAGUCAAUUAUGUAUCUAAACAGGCAUCAAACUGAGGAGUGGAAAGGCUGGAUGCAGGUUUUGUUUCUCAUGUACCACUACUUUGCCGCAACAGAAAUCUACAAUGCCAUAAGAGUCUUCAUCGCCGCAUAUGUGUGGAUGACAGGAUUUGGGAAUUUUUCAUAUUAUUACAUCCGCAAGGAUUUUAGCCUCGCCAGAUUUAUUCAGAUGAUGUGGCGGUUGAAUUUCCUGGUGUUUUUUUGCUGUGUCGUGCUUAAUAACAAUUACAUGUUGUACUACAUAUGUCCCAUGCACACUCUUUUUACUCUCAUGGUAUAUGGGGCCCUUGGUAUUUUCAACAAGUAUAAUGAGCAUGGGACUGUUAUAGCUGCAAAAAUAGUUGCUUGCUUCUUGGUGGUCAUUCUUCUGUGGGAAGUGCCUGGGGUUUUUGAGCUCAUCUGGAGUCCCUUCUCUUUCUUGCUAGGAUAUAGAGAUCCAGCUUCAAAAGUACAACUUCCCGUUUUGCAUGAAUGGCAUUUCCGUUCAGGCCUUGACCGAUAUAUUUGGAUAAUUGGGAUGAUAUAUGCAUAUUACCAUCCAACGGUGGAAAGAUGGAUGGAAAAGUUGGAGGAAGCUGAAAUAAAGCACAAGAUAAUUAUCAAGUCUGCUGUCGCAACCGCUGCCUUGGCAAUUGGAUAUCUAUGGGUGGAGUAUGUGUACAAGCUUCCGAAAAUUACAUAUAACAAAUAUCAUCCUUAUACAUCAUGGAUCCCAAUCACAGUAUACAUAUGUCUGCGAAAUGUGACUCAGCAUUUCCGCUGCUACACGUUGACUCUUUUUGCGUCAGGCGUGCCAGACGGUCAACCAAAGUUGUUACUUUCAAUAAUCCCAAAUUACCCCUUGCUAAACUUCAUGCUCACUACUUCCAUAUACAUUGCGGUGUCGUACAGGCUUUUUGAACUCACGAAUACAUUGAAAACGGCAUUUGUUCCCAUCAAGGACAAUAAGCGUCUCUGGCAAAAUCUAGCAGCAGGUGUGGUGAUUGGGAGCAUUUUAUAUGUGCUGGCAUUUGCACUGCUUAAAGUACCUCAAAUGAUGGUGUGAAAUCUUUUGGGAGAAUCACCGGGCGAGAGGAGACUAUAAACAUACAAUGGUCCAUGCAAAAGAAGUCUUUUAUAGUAGUUGGGUUGGAUUAUUAUAAUUGUGCAAAUCCUGAAUUACCUUAUAAUAAUGAAGCAUGGUAAGGAAAGGAUAGUUUCUAUUAUUAAAUCGCAUAGGUAAGUUUGGCCUUUUGGGUUAACUGUCGUGUAAAAUAGUGAUUGAACUAAAUACUUCGAGAUACAUAUUUUUAAAAUUUUGCUUUUCUGUUUUGGUUGUUUGAUUGUACAAAAACUAAUGCUUAUGUUUUUAUUUUUUU